AUGUUUCUUCUUCAACUCCAAAUGUUUUUUUUCUCUUCCUCCAACUCUUCUUCUUCUCUUUUCUUCUUUCUCUCUCUUGCCUCUAACUCCAAAUGUUUCUUCUUCCUCUUUCUUCUUUCUCUUUCCUCCAACUCCUUCUUUUCUCUUGCCUCCAACUCCAAAUGUUUCUUCUUCCUCUUUCUUCUCUCUCUUUUCCUCCAACUCUUUUCUUCUUCUCUUUCUUCUCUCUCUUUCCUCCAACUCCAAAUGUUUCUUCUUCCUCUUUCUUCUCUCUUUUCCUCCAACUCCAACUCUUCUUUUUCUUCUUCCAACUCCAAAUGUUUUCUUCUUCCUCUUUCUUCUCUCUCUUGCCUCCAACUCCAACUUUUUCUUCUUCCUCUUUCUUCUCUUUCUUUUCCUCCAACUCCAAAUGUUUCUUCUUCAUCUCUUUUCUUCUUUCUCUUGCCUCCAACUCCAAAUGUUUCUUCUCCUCAUUCUUCUCUUGCCUCCAACUCCAAAUUUCUUCUUCUUCCUCUUCUUUUUUGCCUCCAACUCCAAAUGUUUCUUCUUCCUCUUUCUUCUCUCUCUUUCCUCCAACUCCAAAUGUUUCUUCUUCCUCUUUCUUCUCUCUCUUUCCUCCAACUCCAAAUGUUUCUUCUUCCUCUUUCUUCUCUCUCUUUCCUCCAACUCCAAAUGUUUCCUUCCAACUCCAAAUGUUUCUUCUUUCUCUUGCUUCUCUUCCAAAUUUUCUUCUUCCUCUUUCUUGCCUUCCUCCAACUCCAAAUGUUUCUUCUUCAUUUUCUUUUUUCCACAACUCUUUUUCUUCUUUCUUGCUUCCAACUCCAAAUGUUUCAACUCCAAAUGUUUUUCUUCCUCUUCUUUCUCUUUCCUCCAACUCAAAUGUUUCUUCUUUUUCCACUUUCUUCUUCCUUUUCUCUUCUCCUCCAACUCCAAAUGUUUCUUCUUUGUUUCUUCUUUCUUUUCUUCUCUCCAAAUUCCUCCAACUCCAAAUUUCCCUCCUCUAAUUGUUUUUUUUUCCUCCAACUUCUUCUUCUUUCUUUCCUUGUUUAUUUUUUCUUUCUUCUACUCUUUAAAAAUAAAGAACUCCAAAUGUUUCUUCUUUCUUUUUGCCUCCAACUCCAAAUGUUUCUUCUCUUUCUUCUCUCUUUCCUCCAACUCAAAAUGUUUCUAAAUCCAACUCCAAAACAAACUCCAAAUAUUUCAAUUCCUCUUUCUUCUUUCUCUUUCCUCCUCAAAAAAAAUGAAAAACUUCCUCUUUCAUUCUUUAAGUCCAAAUGUUUCUUCUUUCUCUUGCCUCCAACUCCAACUCAAAUGACAGGUUUCUUCUCUCUCUUUCCUCCAAAAUGGAUUCUUUCUCUUGACCUAUUUUACAUAAGAAUCCAAAUGACCACUAAGUCAUUCAUUCUCUGA